AUGUUAUUGUCCAAAUUUCCACGUAUAAUUUUCCGCAAUUCUGCAAGACAUUAUUCGGCCGAUUUGAAAACAGCGUUCGAAGAACAUUUCAUAGUUCCAGAUGUUAUAGACAAGGCACCAAAUGAACAUUUACACAUCACAUACAGGAAGAUAAAAGUUUGUGGACAAUGUCUAAAGCCGAGCGAAACGAAGUGCAAACCUUGCGUUACUUGGUGUGUAGGCAAAAAAUGUGAUUUUUUCACUUUAUCAAUGGUGGAUCCAGACGUACCUGGUAAGGAAUGCCCUCGAGAACGAGAGUUCAACCACUGGCUUGUUGGAAAUAUAGAAGGUCAAGAUGUUCGCCAAGGAUGUCCGAUAGUGGAAUACCUCGGACCUUUACCCACGCAUGGAACAGGAAACCACAGAUACGUUUUCACGUUGUAUAAACAGAAAUGUAAAAUAGAGUUUGAAGAACAAACAAUCAAAAGCCAUUGUCUUAUUGGCCGACCUUGCUUCCGUAUUCGCGAUUUUGCUAAAAAGUACAAAUUGGGACACCCAGUCGCUGGCAUGGUGUUCGUAGCAAGUUGGGAAUGCUUCGUGGACAAGAAAAAACGCGAACUGGCAAAAAUGAAGAAAAAACGUACAGCACGCGAUUCUGAAUGUGAAUAA